GCCACAGACACACCAACAGCUACAGAAUGCCGCCACAGCAGGGGAAUAGCGCGCCGCCACAGUCUGCACACCCAGAGACGUCCUCGAGUCCCUGCCCACAAAACAUGACACAGACGUUACGGCAGCGGAAGAGCGCGCGCUCAGCUGCUCGGCUGUGCUGCGCUACCUGAAGAAGUCCGCCUCGGAAGCGUGCAGCGUGGCGACGGCCCGCAAGCGGCUGCCCAUCCUGCAGUGGUUGCCCGCCUACACCUUGUCCACUCUGCUGCAGGACGCUGUGGCCGGCAUCACCGUCGGCCUCACCGCCAUCCCCCAGGGCAUCGCGUACGCCGUGGUCGCCGGCCUGCCCCCACAGUAUGGAUUAUAUGCUGGAUUUAUGGGAGCUUUCGUUUAUAUAUUUCUGGGAAGCUGUAAAGACAUUACAAUUGGGCCUACAGCCAUCUUGUCGCUAAUGACACAAGACGCACUUGCUGGAAAAGGAGUGGAUUUUGCAAUACUGCUUUCUUUUCUCACUGGCUGCAUCAUAUCUGUAUUUGGUAUAUUGCAUUUGGGUUUUCUUGUGGAUUUUAUCUCACUGCCAGUGACAACAGCAUUUACAUCAGCAGCUGCUAUUACUAUUGCAUUUUCCCAGCUGAAAGGUCUAUUGGGAAUUGGAGGCACUUCCAAUGAUUUUCUUGAAUCUUGGUCAAACUUAGUGGAAAGAAUUACAUAUGUUCAACUGUGGGAUGUUGUUCUAGGAGUCUGUACCAUUAUAGGGCUGUUAUUUUUACAGAAACUGAAUGAUAUUGACAAAGGAAGAGAUCUUUCUGGGAGUUCUAAAGCAAGGAAAGCACUCAGCAAAGUAUUUUGGUUUCUGGCCCUGAGUCGAAAUGCCAUUGCCUGUAUUGUCGGGACUCUUUUGGCAUAUCUUAUGUACACAGAUGGCAAUGCUCCUUUUUCUUUAACAGGUGAAAUACAAAGUGGCCUCCCACCAUUCUCUCCACCGCCAUUCAGUACAACAUAUCAAAAUGAAACAUAUAGCUUCCCAGAAAUGGUAUCUGCUCUUGGCACAAAUAUCAUCACAUUGCCUCUGAUUGCUAUACUGGAAAGUGUGGCAAUUGCUAAAGCAUUUGCUGGUGGGAAACCUAUUGAUGCUACACAAGAAAUGCUUGCCCUGGGAGUAUGUAACAUUGCUGGCUCAUUAUUUUAUGGAAUGCCAAUCACUGGAUCUUUCACAAGAACAGCUGUUAACCAUUCAUCUGGAGUAAAAACAACAAUGGGUGGCCUCUUUACAGGUGCACUGGUGCUGUUGGCUCUAGCAUUUCUGACCUCAACAUUCUUCUUUCUUCCAAAAGCAACAUUGUCAGCCAUUAUUUUGGCAGCUAUGUUCUUCAUGGUUGAUGUGUCUGUCAUCCCGUUGUUGUGGAAAACUAGAAGAAUUGACUUGAUUCCUUACUUCAUCACAUUCUUGGCUUGCCUCUUCAUUGGUCUUGAGCUGGGUAUGGUCAUUGGAGUUGGUGUGAAUCUCAUUUUCAUUCUAUAUGAUGCAGCCAGACCAAAAAUUAUCAUUAAGGAACGUUCUGUAUUUGACAUGAAUGUACUUCUAGUGGCACCACAGCAGAAUCUUAUGUUCCCGGGUGCAGAGUAUAUACGUGAGGAGGUAGUGCAGAUGUGUUCAGAAUCCCAACCUGCUGUUGUCAUAAUUGAUGGUGCAAAAGUGAAAUGGAUAGAUGCCACAGUUGCUAAGGUGGUGAAACUACUAAUGAAAGAUGUGACUAGUAGUGGAAGUAAAUUUCUGCUCUGGAGGUGGAAUAAGCAAACAAAAGACACUCUAAUAGCUAUGGAUGAAGGCCUCAGAUCUUUCUUUUUCUACUCUGAAACACCUGAGGAUGUUAUUAAAGAAGCUGUAAAGCCACACAGAGAAACCUGAAAUGUGCCUGAGAAUCUUGUGAGGAUGUAUCUCUCAAUGGGGUCCCCACUGUUCUGAUGGUCACUUCAUCUACCAAUAUACUUCAGUGAAACCACAAGAAGAUAUUUCCAACUACUGCAUGUGGCCAAAGUACACAGAUUCAAUGAUUCAAUGUAUCUGUCAAGAACUUCUAGCAAACCUCACUAGAAUUUAUCAGACACAUUAUUUUAAUAGCUUACAGCAGUUUGCUUCUUCAGUGUGUGCCAGAUAAGGAGAUGACCAAAUGUUUGCACAGUCUCUGAGAGUUAGGGAGAGUUGAAAGGGAGUGGGGCAGGUCUGCUCAUAUUAACUCAUACUAGUUUUGUAGUGAAUGACCAAACCAUUUCAAGAUUUCACAGCAAUGAUUCUGGGUACAAUUUUCUACUAGUCAAUAUCCAUUAUAUGACCUUGUUGUUCAAUUGACAUUAAAUUUAUAGAUAUGUCUAUGUGGCAGGACAGAAUAUGGGUUCAAUUUGUAAAGAUCUUUUUUUCCUAGGGUAUGGCCAUGGAGAUGAUUACUUCAGUUUCAUACCAAGCCAUGUUUUUUAGAUUCAGGAAAAGUUAUGAAUACAAAACAUUUGAAUCUGGUAAAAUGUUUGUUCAUACACUCAAAAUAAUUCUCUCUGUUUCACUAUAACAUACAGAGUAAAUUAAUGAUGCAACAUUUCAACUUUUGAUUGUCAUUGCAAGUAUAUUCUGUAUUUGCAUUCUUCCUUACCUGUUGCACUUAUUGUGAACAAUUAAGCAACUGAUUUUAACUUAUUCUUGGUCAAAAUUUACUUUCAUGUUUAGUUGUGUUACCAUACACUGGUGUGGUCUUCAAUAUUUGACUUUUGUUUUAAAAAGUCGUAAGUUAUUCUAAAUAGUUCAGUAUAAUUAUGCACUGUAUACAGUUUUAUACAUAAACAAUAUUAUAACUGGCAGUUGCAGCAUCUUAUUGAAUACAGUAUCAGACAAACUCUCAGACAAGAAACUAUUAUAAGUAUCCUGUUGCGAGCAAAUAAUUUAUGCAUCAGUUGUUUAAAAUUCAUUCAAGAACAAUGUUAUGUCAUACACUUAGUUGAAAUGGAAUAACAACUGUAAUUUUAAUGUCUUGAGAAAAUCUCUAGCAAUAUUGUCUCUUAUUUUAUUUUAUUGUGAUCUGCCAUGGUACCUAAUGCAAUAGCAUUUUAAUCAUUUCGCAAUAGUGACAAGUCUAUAUUUUUACAUAAAUUCAUUCAGUUGUUGUGGUCUGCCAUGGCACUGAAUGUAAUAGCAUUUUAAUCAGUCUUCUGUAGUCACAAUCCUAUAUUUUUAUGUAAAUUCUUCCAGAUGGAUAUAAUGCAUAGAUGCAAGUUCAUUUUGGAACUGGAAAAUUAUUGUUAGUUAUCUUAUUUCAACAAUGAGAUUUCUUGUUUUGUAUUACAUAUUUCAUGUUUGUCAUUUACUAUCCAUUUUAUCCACUCAAAAUUACAGAAACUCAUUCUGGUUUAUUUGACAACUCAAGAUAUGUUACAAAUCAUUCCCAGACACAGUACAAGUUGUCUUUCAGUAAACAGUCCAACCAAAGUCCAGUUCGUGCAGUGUCAGAGUACCAUCUGUUAAUAAUAGAGUCUAAAAGGUAAGUAUUCAUAAACCAAGUCCAGUGUGCAAUUCCACUCAUGGCUAGUAGAAUCGUAACUGGCUCAGACUGGUCCUUGGCUGGCUUAUAUACAGGGGAUGUCAGAGGAUGCUCCUGGUGACAAGUGCCACCCGUGUAGUGGCACCAUAGCCAUCAACACUAAUGCUGCAUCAGCUAAUCACAUUUUACAGUGACAUCAGGUUGUGCCAAUAUACGUCCCUUUCUACCCCCCUCCCCCAGCAGCAACUAUUGGGGAGAAGAGGCAUGUGGCAUAUGGGCCAGUAGAGCUGCCACCAGGAAAGAUGACAGAUUACAGGCAUCACUGCAGAAUGCUAGAGCAGAAGAAGGCUUGACAGAAGUUGCAUGAACUGUCUCAGGAUCCAAUGGUCCAUUAGGGACAUGGAGGAGGGGGCAGAGAAGCAGGAGGCGGCUGAUCGUGAAGGUAGGGAUGAAGCUGAUUUUGAUGGUGUUGCAAGGACCCAUGUGGGCAGAAAUCAUCUCACAGACCCAAGAUGGGCGCCAUCAAAACUUGUGGACAUCACCAAAAUCCCCAGCUAGGACAGAGAAGCCUCAGAAAAAACAUUUACUGGCAGAGGUGAGAGCAGUCCAAGAGGGCACAGUGAGGGCAGCCAUGAAGUCAGUCUGGCAUAAUGUGGCUUUCAAAUUGAGGGGACCUGUAAGUUGCCAGAAAAAUACAGAGGGCAUUAGGUGCAUUGUUGGGCUUCAUUUCCACCUGGAAUAGGCUCCUGAAAAUGUGGAUACAGUUUCUACAUGACUGUUGGAGGUUGAAUGAAAAAGUUCUGUAUGAAUGUGGUGAAUCCUUGUAUAGGUACAAAACUAUUCAAAGGCAUGGGGGGAGAACACUGUCCUAUUAUAUGAAAUCAUGAAGUACAUAGGUGCCUUUAAGAGCAACGAUUUUUUCCAAGGUCGUGGUAGUAGUGGCUGAAGUGACCUGGGAUGUGUGGAAGAUAAAAGGGAAUGGAAAAAGGAAUCAGUCAUAACCAACCAUGUGGAACUCAAAAAUGGGCUGGCAGAAUCUAGGCAGGUACUCUCCCACAGCUCCUCAGAACUGGGAGAGGAAGAGAACUGCAUGGUAGGAGUAGCUUGAUGGGCCUGCCAGGCAGAACAUUGGCAGACAGUGUUACCAGUGGAGUGACCCAUUAACUAUGGAGUAUGUGCAUUAACACUUAUUCACAGUUAAGUCCCAUAGUGCUCAGAGCCAUUUGAACCAUUGAACUAAUUCAAACAAGUGAAUCUGUCCAGUUAUGUUUGAAGGUGUCCUCUAGAGCAAGAGUCACUAUGUGAUCUUCAUUCAAGUACAGAGUAGCCACCAUCUUAAGAGUGACAUUUGAAUAUAUCACAGAAAGUCUUUAGAGUGGUGCAAGGUCUUUUGGAUUGUGUGGAAUGUACUGUUUCAUGAACCAUAAACCCAAAAGCAUGGAAAGAGUCUCCCCUUAAAACAUUGUCCACUCUGGAGUCCACUACCACAAUAACAUUUACUGGAUGAGUGAUUUGAUUCUAAGUAAGCAAAAGUUGUCCUAAUAAGGAUACAAGAAGGCUUGCUAGGCUCAAAGGUUUGUCUUGGCAGCCUACAAAGACAGUGAUGCUAAACUUAAGUAAGUGGUUUGACUUAUCAAUGACACAGAAGCACCAGUAUCAAGAAGUAACUCCACUGAUGUUUGUUUAUGAAUUCAUCUAAGUACAUUUUCUGAGCUGAAUUCUGAGAAGUCUAAACUUCUGUAGGUUUAUUGUUCACUUGGUUCACUUCCACAGGUUGAGAUGUAUUUUUGGCACAACUGCUAAAGCAUAUCUCUUGCAAAUGUCCCUUUUUGCAACGCCUGUGACAUGUUGCACAUAAAUGGUGCUUGCAUUACAUGCAUCAUGAAGAGAACAGUGUUUACAGAUGGGCAACAGUGCUGUAAGUGACAUACCCCAUUUUCAUUGGUGUUGUUGUUUAUGCGGUCAUCCAGACCAUGGAGAAGGCACGGGCCCUGGUGGCAUGAUGUCCACAUGACCUAUACUGGUGAGCUGACUGCCACUUCAUCUUAUUCCAUCAUAAACAAGCUCUGGGCUGCAUGGAAAGUUUCAAAGGCUUGAGCUAUUUACAUUACUUCCAUCAGAGAAGGAUUUUGGUUCCUUAUUGUAUGGUUCCUCACUUCGAAGUAGGGGUUAAGACACACUAUAACGUACCUGGUUAAAGAGCCAUUAUAGAUUGUCCAUGAAAACAUUCAAAAUUGCAAUUGCUACUUGAUCUUUGUGGGUCAGCAGCUACCAAAAUUUUAAGUUGGAAGCAAUAAUAUGUUUCUUCAUCAAGACAUGUUCUUGUAAUAACAAAAAUAUUCUAGGCAGCUCAAGUUCCAGCAGCUUUGAUAGUGGCUCUAGUUUUUGCAUUUGGUGACAGAACUUGGUGUUUCUUGGCAAGAAUAUGGUCUGUUGUCUUUCCAUGCUGAAAAUUUGGCAAACCAAAAAAUUGAAAUUAAUCAUCAGUAGUAAGUGUCUCACUCUUCACUUUGUGCAUUAAAGGGUGGAAAAACUGUAAACACAGGUAGCACAGAAGAAUUGUCUUUUGCAUUCAGUAUGGCUCGCACUGCUGCUGUUAGCUCUUGAUAACUCCACAUAGUUUGCAGUAGUGGUAGUAGUUGCUGUUGCUAGAUGGUUGAAGAUCCACAGUCUUGCCUAAUCACAAAAAUGUUCAAAGUGUGACUUGCAUGUUUCACAGGUCUCGAGUUGUCACCGCUUUUGUACAGAUGAUCUACACCCAAAACUAGUGGAGAUUCAUUCUGAUUUAAUAGACAAUUUGAGAUAUUUUACACUAUGGAUUCUAACAUUUAUCUUCAAAAGGUAUUAAUACAAAAGUAUGAGUAAAAUGAUAAACCAGGAGUUUGAAUUUUUGGUACACCUGGUAUCAAUAUUUGAAAGAAGCAUGAAGCACAUGUUCACAACUACAUAAUCAGUGUCAGUCCUAGAUAUGUGGUAGGCUCCCACAGUAGUUAUAUGUAUUACAACUAUUCAUUUUUUCUUCAAAAUUCAGUGUUGGUUGCACCAUAUGUUCAUGUCCUAAUUUGUGCAAACCUUCUACAGUUCCAUUAGGAAGUUAAACAUGGAAAAUAUUUCUUGACAGUUCCUUUAUGUGUGUUUCAAUAAUGACACUUAUAUUCAGACUAUUGAACUUCCAAACCCAUAACAGUAAUCAUCAGCAUUAAUUAUGUACUUCCUAUUUAAUCUUCACAACAACAGAUUUAACCCAGUCAUUUCAAUCACAUAGGAAAACUCUUGUCAUAUACAGUUCUUUAUAGGUACACUGUUAAUACUAUUUCUAUAUUUCACCUGGCUCCAUUCUGUUCUCAUUUUUAGCAUUCUCCAAAUCUUGCACAAUAGUGUCAAAGAUAGAAUGAGAACUUAGCAUUUAGUAAUGUUUUUAUGGAUCAUGUUAACAUUUAUGAUGAGUAAAGAUUCUACAAUUGUGGUUUAGCCUACCAGUUCCCUCAUUUGCUGAAUAAGUUUCCAACAUUAUGUAGGAAGAUAUCUGAUUUCUUCCUUUCUUAAUAUUAUGCAUAACCAAUAUGUUAUUACCAGACCUAGAUUUUCAAUCUGCUGCUGUUUUUUUUUAAAGUAUUUGUCAUACUUUUACAAAAUGUUCAAAUAAUAAUGUUCUUGAUUGCUACAAAGUCACUUUUCUAUGUGGAUUUUAUCUGCAAUUGACAUGCUUUGCUUAAAACUAUAUUGUUCGCCCAACAGCUGAAAGCUGCGUCCAGCUGAAAGCUGAGUCCAGUACAAAGUAAAGCAAAGAACACAGCCAGAAAAAAGAAUUUUCAAGAGGAGUAGGCAAGAAGCCACACAUCAUUCACAUGUAAAACUAAAUAGACAAGAUAUUUAUCUUUUAAGUUUCUGAAUCAUUGUUAAAGGUGUUGCAACUGCCAUGUUAUUUGUGUUUUUGAAAUAUUGUGUUCCAUUACCUGGCUUCCAUCCAGCAGUAUACAGCAGUUGUCAAAUGUUCAGAAUUCAGCUAUUUAUGUUUAAUUUGCAUAAUGAUUAUUAGGAAGAUAAAUUUGUUAUUUUUUCUUGUUUUUAAAUUCAAUCAACCACUUCUUUUAAAAAUAGGUGUAAAAUCUAACUGCAGUUUUUAAAAAUAUGAUAUUAUUAUAUAUUUGCAAAUAUAUUUUAUACUGAUUUGAAUCAAGGUACAAAUUGUCUGUGAUAUGUUGUUUCCAGUAUUUUAAAUAUUAGUAUAUGAUACUGCAGUCAGUAUGUGUUGAAAAGUGCACCAGAGUCUACUGAACUUUACUUAUUCUGUUUUAUAUUUAAUAAACAUAAAACUGAUAAAACUCA